AUGGCGCAGGAUCAUACCACUAGCCCAGCCCACAUCAAAACACGUUUCCUGAUAUGCUCGGACACCCAUGGGAUCGAUAAUUUACCCGGUUUCAUUCCAUUUGCAGACGUUGCUAUUCACUGUGGAGGUCUCAUCACCCAAUCUCAGCUCCACGAAUACAAAGCGUCAAUUCGGUUGCUCCAAGCUAUCGACGCACUUUUAAAGCUUGUCAUCGCCGGAAAUCAUGAUUUCACGAUGGAUAUACCCAUGUUUCGCAAAAAGGUCUCAGAGGCCCAGUCAUUAGAGCGUAAACUCGUUGAGCAAGCCUAUGGAUAUGACGGGGAGGCGAGGAGAUUGUUUGAAGGCACAGGAAUUACUUUUCUCGAUGAAGGCGUACACUAUUUGCAUUUACAGAAUGGCGCUUUGCUGACUGUUUACGCCAGCCAUAACUUUAUGAUACACGGUGGUAUUGAUACUAAUGCUGUUGAUGUUAUAAUGACACACGGCCCACCGAAAGGAAUCAUGGACUACACUCAGUCCGGUGAACGGGCAGGCUCCCCGGACCUCUUUCGCGCCCUCGCUCGCGCCCGACCACGACCGCGGAUGCAUUGCUUCGGCCACAUUCACGAAGGCUGGGGUGCGAAACUUAUUACGUGGCGUAACAGAAUUACCCCUAUACCCUCUCACCUAAUGGAUAUCGACAAUUGUCAGUCUCUUCCUAUAGCGAAGCUCUCCGACAUGAAAGAUAGAGCCGGGCAAAGCUUAGACGGGGAUGGCGUCCCUAUGAAGUACUUUGCCACUAGCCACUGUUCUGGGGAUACCCAUCCACUGAGCUGGGGCUCUCAAACGUUGUUUGUGAAUGUUUCGAUUGAGGGGCUGCCCCAAGACAUUAAUGACCAGAAAUAA